GGUCUCACCCUACUCGACAACUACACCUGUGUGUGCGUGGGCUGAAAGUAAGUAGAAAAGCCUCACAAUGUUAUAGUCGCGACUGCUCUGCCUUUGCUUGUUCCUUGAACCGAACUUUCUUCGGCAGCAGCUGAGGUAGCAGCUGCUUCACUGCUCAAUCACCGACUAGAAUACCACCAGCUUAUAUCAUACUUUUGAUCCGUUUCUGACUUACUUUGUGCAAAGUUGAGGCUCUGCAGUCCGCGGGCUCGCCUGAAGGAGCAGCAUGCUAGGGCUGUUAGAGAAUACUUUUCUAACUACGUUUUUGUGACUGUAGUAUAGGCGACAAGACUUGGCAUACUUGGAAACACUGCAUUCCAUGGAAGCGACGCACGCGUCGGCAACGCGGCCACCUGCAUAGCACAGCUCCAGUAGCUGCGAUGCUGCACACAACCACGGGCGUGACUACUGCGGGGCUGGUGGAUGGUGCGACAGCAGGUUCGGGUCCUGCGCUGCCCAGCGGCCCUGCCACGGGGCGCGAGGGCCGCCGAUCCGGCCCGCCAGCUGCAGUCAGCAUCAGCGGCAAUGUCGAGGUGCUGGGCCCGGCAGGGGCAGCCAGCCCGGGAGCAGGCGCAGAGUCAACAAGCGGGGGCGGUAACAACUCUCUCGGGCGCAUGAUGGGAGUGCCCAGCCCAGCAGCUGCGCCUGUGACCGGCGCGCUCAGCCCACGGCCCGGUGCCAGGCCCGGCGGCGGCGCAGGCUCCGUGGCGCCGACGCCCUCUGGCCGCGCCCUAUUCACUGGAGCCGCCGGAGGCGGUGGCGUCGGUGGUGGUGGCGGCGGCGCGCGACCUACCACAGCCAUGAGCACCGCUAGCGUCCGAACUGUAGGAGGCGCGGGCGGCGGAGGGGCGCGGCCGGGCCGGAAGGGCGACGCCGGCAAGGGUGGGGCCGCGGGUGCGGCCGGCAAGGUGGCUGCCAUGACAGACCUGGGCGACGCCCUGACGCGCUUCUUCCAGGAAUCAAUGGAGCUAGCACCGAAGCCGCCGCCGAAGCCGCCGUUGAGCAGCAGUAGCAGCGACGGGGACGAUGGGGCCGCCUCCUCGGACGAUGAGCUGGCCAAGGAGGAGCUGGAUGUUUUGGAGCGCUUGUAUCUGGUCAUGCCGCAUCUGGAGUCGCCAGGAAAGGGCGACGUCAUCCUCGCCCCCUACAACCCGCUGGGGCCAGGCGGUGUGGCCGCUGCCACUCCCCGCUUCGGCCCCGCCGCCACGUCCAGUGCCGCCAGCCGACCCAUCUCGGCCAUGCCGCCCUCAGCUGCGGCGGAUGCAGGGGCAGCAGGGCUUGCGGCCGGCGGCGGCGCCGGCGGCGCGCCGGCAGCGCGCGUGCCGACUCCGGCUUCCGCAGCGGCUGCGGCUGUGGCGCAGCUGAGCAGCCUACUGCCUCAGGGCGGCGGCCGAGGCUCCGGAAGCGGGGGCGUCCGCGGCCUUAGCACCAGCGGCGCCACGCGCUCCGUCAGCGGCGGGACGGCGUCCGGCGGCAAGGCCGCCGCCGGCGGGCCCGAUCUUAUAGGCGGCUCAUCUCCCAAGAAGAGCCGCAGCACGGGACCCUCCACCGGCGCUGCGUCCUCAAACGCCGUGUUCCUGCCCUCCAAGACGGUGCUGUCAUUCCACCAAAAGGCGCUGGGCAUCACGGUGCCGCUGGGGUCGAGCGUGCCCGUGCCCACCUCGGGGCCGGGCGUGGGCGGCGGCGCGGCGGGCGCGGCGGGGCCCUACGGCGCCCGCAGCACGCCCGACGAGGCGCCGCUGACGUCAGCCUACGUGCACCGCGACGCCGACUACCUGAUGAUGCAGCAGCUGGUGGCGGCGGCGGUGGCGGCGGGCCAGUCGCGGCCGUCCACGGCGCCGGCGGCGAAGCGCGCCAGCACGCCCGUCGGCAGGUCGGCCGCGCCGGCCGGCAAGGGCGGGAAGGGCGCGGCGGCGGCGGCUGGCAAGAACGCCAAGGCGCCGCCGCCGCCGCCGCCGUCUAUGCCGCCGCGGCCGGCAGUGCCGGUGCACCUGCAGCACCUGGUGCGGCCCGGCAGCGCCUCAGUGGGUGCGCUCAUAGGCCGGCGGCAGCCCGCCGGCAUCGACCCCGCCAUCAUCACCGCGGUGGUGUCCGGCGUGCCCGUGGACCCCGUGGCCGGCUUCGGCGACGGCGGCAGCGGCGGCGCUGGCGGCGGCUGGGCUGAGGGCGGCUUGUCAUCAUCGAACGGGGCGCCGGCGCAGCGGCCGGUGUCGCCGCUGCGGCGGCCGGACGGCGGCGCGGCCAGCAACUCCCGCCCCGGCACCAGCGGCGCGGGCGCGGGCGGCGGCGGCGGCAAGCCCGCCUCGCCGCAGCGGGGUGGCAGCAGCGGGGGCCUUGCGGCCUCCAGCGCCACCACGCCGCGGCCGCUCAGCAGCGGCGCGGGCGCGGGCGGCUCGCGGCCAGGCACGGCGCCGGUGGGCACGGCGCCGGUGGGCACGGCGUCUUGGGCGACCAACCAGCUGGAGCGGCUGCGGGGCGCGGCGGCGACGCGGGCGGCGGCGCGCACGGCGAUGAGCCCGCUGCGGGCCAGCCUGGCGGGACCCAUCAGUGGGCUGCAGAGCCCCCGUGUGGCCAAGGCGCUGACGGAGAUGGAGAUGGACGUGCUGAACCGCUCCAUGGACAGCGCGCUGCAGCCGCUCAGCCGCGCCGCGGCCCGGCUGGGCACAUACGGCGAGAGCUUUCCCACCGCACAGCUGUUCUCCAACGUCUCCAGUGCCGCCGCCUCACCCAUGCCCCCGGGCGGGCGCCCCAUGACCGCCUGGGGGCCUCACAGCCUCUCCAGCACGGGAAUGCUGCCCAGCCUCAACGACAUCAGCGGCGGCAGCCGGCCCGCCACCGCGCCCGCGCCAGGAGGCCCGUCGCUGGGUGGCGGCGCAGUCGCAGGCAGUGGCGGCGGCGGCGGCGGUGGGCUCGGAGUGGGGUUGUUCGGCAGCCCGAUCGUGAGCCGGCCCGCGGCGGCGGUGGCGGCGGCGGUGCUGGCGUCGACGUCGGCCGUGCCGACGCCGCAGCUGGCGACGGGGCCGCCGCCGGCGCCGAUCCCGGGCACGGCGGGGGCGGUGACGGGCAUGCCGGGCGGGGAGGAGACGGGGCCGCGGCGCAAGCUGCGGCGUCAAGACUUUGGGCAGUGGGAGUGGCCGCCGGGCCGCGGCCAGGCGACGCCGUACAAUGUCCUGUACCACGUACAGGACGAGAUGGCUGCGGCGCUGGAGGGCACCGAGGCCGCCGAGUCCUCGCACAGCGGCCCCUGCGACCGCGUGGGCGAGGUGGGCCGGCUGCUGCGGCGCUACCGCAAGCAGGGCUGCCCGCCCUCCUUCCACCUCAGCCACGCCAUCAACGGCGUCGACCAGGUUGUGGCUCUGGUGGACGUGCUGGCCCACCCCGACCUGGCCGAACUGACCGAGCUGCUGCUGGCCGGCAACUCCCUGGGCGACGACGCCUUCGCGCCGCUGGCGGCCCGGCUGGGCUCGCCCGCCUGCUCCGCCCUGCGCAGCCUGGACCUGGGCCUCAACGGGCUGAGCGCCUCGGCGCUGCCGCCGCUGCUGCCGCUGCUGCGGGACGAGCUGGCGGCCAUGAGCAAGGCGCAGCGCAUCCGCCGCGGCCUGGACGCCAAGCCGCCGCACGGCGUGUUGACCCGACUGAUCAUGGACGCAAACCCCAUUGGCGACGCGGGUGCCGAGCUCCUCUGCGACGCCGCCGCCUCCGACUACACGCAGCUGGCGGAGCUGCGCCUCAGCCGCUGCGGGCUGGGCGAGCGCGGCGCGGCGGCGUGCGGCAGGCUGCUGGAGAACAGCGGCGCCAUCCGUAUCCUGGACCUGUCCUGGAACACGCUGGGCCGGCGCGGCGGCCAGGCGCUGGGCGAGGGCCUGCGCGCCGCCAACUCGGUCCAGCAGCUGUUCCUGCAGUGGACCGGCAUCACGGACGUGGGCGCCAGCCACCUGGCCAAGGCGCUCAAGGUGAACACCAGCCUGGUGCACCUGGACAUGAGCGGCGACAGCGUCAGCGGCGACACCUCGCUGGUGCUGCUGGACAGCCUGGCGGACAACGGCGCGCUCAAGGAGCUGGUGCUGCGCGACAACCCCGUGGGCGUCAUGGCGGCACGCAAGCUGCUCAAGGCCAUGCACCAGGGCGUGCUGGAGACGGUGGACCUGUUGGGCUGCUCGUUCAGCAUGGGCGGCAGCAGUGUGGUGUGGGACCCGCACGACCCGGACGGCAGCUACGACCUGGACCUGGAGGUGCCCGCGCACUACCAGGUGGCUGUGGAGCUGGUGGGACUGGCCGCGCUGAUGGGGCUCCGCUCCUGGCGCAACUCCACGCUCAACGGCAAGCCCUUCAGGCUCAUGUCCACAUCCAAGCUGCAGAUCCCUCUACGCGGUCGACUGCACGUGGAGUUCGCCUCCUGCACGCCGCUGGUGCGCGACGAGGGGCCGCUCAGCGACGGCGAGGUACGCAGCAUGUGGUUCAACCUGGUGGAUCCAGAAUCCGCACACACGCCUGCCGGGCCCAUGUUCGUAUCCAUGUACGACGGACAGCUGCCGCCAGACGCGCUGGGCUCCGCCCCGCCCAGCGGCCUGGUCUCAACGCAGAGCGGCGAGGCCGCGACGGGCAAGGCAGGCGGCAGGGGCGCGGCCGUCGGGACGCGGCCGCCCUCCGGCACGACCUCCGGCGGCGCGGCGCGCCCGCUGAAGAAGGCCGAGUCGGUUUUGAAUUCGGGUGCCACGGCGGCGGGAGCGGCCGCCGCAAGCGGCGGCGGAGCCGCCGCUGGCAGCGGCGCAGCCGCUGCCAAGGGUGCUGCUGCUGGCGCCGGGAGCAAGAAGCCCGGCGCGGCGGCGGGUGCGGGCGGCAAGGGCAAGGCGGGCGCGGGUGGUGGUGCGGGCGGUCGUGGUGACGUGUCUAGUACCACGGAGCUCAAGGGUGCCACGGACGAGUGGAAGCUGAGUCUGCUGGAGGCCAUGGUCACGGACGUGUACCUCACAUGCGGCCAGCUCAAACACAUGAUCCGCUGUUUCUCCGGCAGCCAGUUCAAGGCCGACGCUGUGGUCCAGGCGUUUGGUGUGUUGGCGGACACGGAGAACUUCUACGCAGUGCUGGAGGAGCUGGAGCCAGCCAUGAAGGCACAGGUGGAGACUCGUCUGGGCAAGGUGCGGCUGUUCUUCCCGGAGAACCCCACCGGCCGCUACACGCUCAUGCUGGGGCAGCUGCCGCACCAGUGCGUGGCGCGGCAGCUGCUGCAGCAGUACACGCAGCAGUACGACGCCGGCCUAACCGACUUCCCCAACUCGGUGUGCUUCACCACCUGCAACAUGGACGGCGUGGCCACGGACGUGUCCGACCCCCGCAAGCUCUACCUGCCCCAGGAGGGCGUGCUGGACCUUUGCUUCGUGGACCUGCGGCGGGUGCCGCCGGGGCUCAAGCCGCUCAGCCGCGCGCAGUUCGCCACCCUGGUGGCUCACCUGGUCAACAUGGAGGUGCUGGACCCGGUGGCGCUGGCCCGCAUCAUCGACCACCCCGCGCUGCCCACCGCCGUGUCGGCACUACGCCGCUGGGAGGCCUGGACGCACCGCCACCCCGUGUCCGCACACGUGCCGUACCUUCGCGCCGCCACACACGCGGUGCGUGUGCGGGAGGACCCGGAAGGCGUCGCCAGCACGCUGGCAGCCAUCGCCGCCGCCGAGGCGGCCGCCGCCAGCGCGGCCGCGGCCGCGGUGGCGGCCUCUGCCGCCGCCGCGGCCGGGGCUUCCACCGAGGGCGGGCCUGCACCUCCGGCGCCCGCGGCGGCCGGUACCACAGCCACAGGCACGUCGCGCUUCGGCCACGGUGAGCUUCCGAUCCGCGCGUCGACUGCGGGCGAGCCGUCGUACAACCGCGCUUCCAACGUGGGUGACGAGACGCCGCGCCGCGUGGGCUUCCCUGCCAGCGACGGCGCCGCGCCGGCCAGCAAGGCCAUCAACAACACAGGCGCCGCCGCCGCCAUGCAGCACUCCGUGUCCUUCUCUCCGGGCACAGCCACGGGCGUGGGCACGCCGGCGGCGGAGGCGUCGGCGCCGGACGCGAGCGGAGGCGGAGGCACUUCGCCGCUGCGCUCCAAGUCAUUGGCGCGGCGCGGCGGUGCGCCUGGUGGCGGGCCGCUGUUGCCGCUUUACGUUCUUGACAUGGAGCGCUACUGCGAAACCAUCCGUGUGUUGUCGGUCCGGCACUACGUCACGUGCUGGCAGCUGAUGCAGCUGAUAGCGCUGCUGCCGCCUACCGCUACUGAUGAGAGGGUGGAGACGGUGACGACGUUCUGGGCUCGCACGGUGGACCGCGAGGCGCACUGGAUGGACGUGAUGCGCUCGCUCACCAAUGACCAACAGGUCCGCGUGUGUCAGCGGCUGGGCUACAAGAACGUGUUCGACCCGGAGCGCGCGGCCAUGCACUACCGCCUGCGCAUGUUCAGGGACGACGAGCGGCAGGUGGCGUUUGAGCUGUACAACAAGACGUAUGACACGUCCGUCAGCUCCGUCAACCUCUUCAGGAACCUCACCAUUGACGGCGUGCCGCGGCGUGUGAACCAGGGCCCCACCAUGUGGACGGUGCUCAAGGGCAACGCACCCGACACCGCCACGCCCACGACCACAUUGGAGUUCGACUUCUGGUGGCCCGACGAGAACGCAGCGGCGAACAUGGCCGCCCGCACCAUCCAGCGUGCCUUCAGGCUGCGGAGGGACCCCAAGAGCUGCGGCAUGCCGCCGCGCCCCGUCGAGGAGAAGCGGGCGGGCGGCGCCGCCGCCGCGCCCAACUUUGCUGGCUUCAACAAGAAGUCUCGCAGUGCAGCGCCCUCGAAAAUGAACGCGCCCAAGAAGGGCGGCGCGGACAAGAAGGGCAAGUAGUAGGCGUGUGGGUGGGGGCAGCGGGCUUGGCGUGUGGUGGAAAGUGUGCGGCAGGGGCUGAUACAGACGGCAUCUGUCGCGGGUGUAGGUGCGGCAAUUGAGGGAUGAGUGUGCUUAUCUGUGGCAUAGCUGAGGAUUACACUGGCGAGAAUAACGAAUGCUUCAGCCGAACGGCAUGUUUCUCCUUUUCUCGAGGUGAGGGUGGAGGUGCGGUUGCAAGGCAUGAACAACAGCAGAGCAUGUGCAGGGCGCAAUUAACAAUCCAAGACCUAGCGUUGUUGUGGUGCACUGCUGCAUACUCCAGGGCUUACUUCCACACACCUGUCAUUGUACCCAAGCACAGGACGUUUGGGGCGUCCGCGCGCAACGGUACUUGCCCAGCUGAGAGUGAACAUAACCGAUGCGUAAACUGACGCGCUUGGCGCGGAUGUCAACUUGGGCGAAUGUUGCCUGCCUAGGAGGGGUACUGGUGCUCUCGUUGUCUUUGCGGUGCCUUGAACUGGUGUGGCGGAGUCUGAAAUUAUGCGCGGCAUGCGACUUGAUCAGCCCUGGGCGCCUGACAUUGAACUGAGUACUAACGCAACGCCUGCUAGUAUUGUCUGCUGGUCCUCCAGCCUACCGUCUGCUCAUUACUGUAAUCCAUCGGAGGCUACGGACUCGACACUGUAAGUUAGACUGGUAGAGCACCGUGUCAGUACCAUGAGUCCAUGACAGGCCAUCGUGCCGCUCUGCCCCGCGAAGCGGCGCAGGGCACUGCAUCAGCCACGCCGCAACCUUGUAACGGGUCGCAGCC